AUGGAUGUCUCGUUUUGUCCGACCAAAUGUAGUUUUUGGAAGGUUUUCUGGCUCUGGAGCAUUUGGGGGGACUACUUGGUUUCCGUUUUGGGUUGCCCUGCCAACUGCCUUUGCAACAAAACCGAGAUCAAUUGCAAACAACCAGACGAUGGCAACCUCUUCCCUCUGCUGGAGGGGCAAGAUUCGGGAUCCACCAAUGGAAAUGCCAGCAUCAACAUUACGGAUAUCUCUAGGAAUAUCACUUCGAUAUACAUAGAGUAUUGGAAGAAUUUGCAGACUUUGCAUGCCGUAGACAUGGAGCUGUACACAGGACUCCAGAGAUUGACAAUCACGAACUCAGGGCUCCGAAGCAUCCAGCCACGAGCGUUUGAUAAGAAUCCUCACUUACAUUACAUAAAUCUCUCAGGUAACCGGCUGACCACUCUUUCGUGGUUACUCUUCAAGACGCUGAGGCUUACAGAACUGAAGUUGGAAAACAAUAUUUUUAACUGCAGCUGUGAUAUCCGUUGGAUCCAGCUGUGGCAGGAGAGAGAAGAAGCCAAUUUGCAGAACCAGGACUUGUACUGCACUAGCAUGGAGACCAGCCACAUACCCAUACAGGAGCUGAAUAUCAACCAGUGCGAUUUGCCUGAAAUCAGUGUCAGCCAUGUGAACUUGACCGUCUGCGAAGGUGAAAAUGCUGUGAUCACAUGCAAUGGGUCCGGUUCUCCUUUGCCGGAUGUUGACUGGAUUGUGGUCAACUUGCACUCUAUCAACACGCAUCAGACAAAUGCCAACUGGACCAAUGUCCAUUCCAUCAAUUUAACCCUGGUGAAUGUAACCAGUGAAGACAAUGGGUUCCUGCUUACAUGCAUCGCUGAGAAUGUGGUAGGAAUGUCUAAUGCCAGCGUACUUCUCACUGUAUACUCUCCUCCCCGUAUCCUCAGCCUACUGGAACCAAUCCGGCAUAUGGAACAUUGUAUUGAGUUCUCCGUUCAUGGGAACCCUCCACCCCAAAUUCAUUGGCUGUACAAUGGCCAGUUUCUUAGGCAAACCGCCUUCAUCCGCAUGGAUGUCUACCAGGGUGGGGACAUCACAGAUGGCUGUUUGCUCUUCAACCAUCCCACUCAUUACAACAAUGGCAACUACACCAUCGUGGCGACCAACUCCUUGGGAACAGCCAACCAGACUGUCAGAGGACAUUUUCUGGAGAAACCAUUUCCAAGCAUUCCAGAUAUCUUUGUCACAUAUGAAUACAGUCCAAGUCCCUCCCCUCUCAUCACAGUGACACAUAAGCCAGAGGAAGACACAUUUGGGGUAUCUAUCGCAGUGGGUCUUGCAGCUUUCGCCUGUGUUCUCCUGGUGGUCCUAUUUAUUAUGAUCAACAAAUAUGGACGGCGAUCAAAGUUUGGAAUGAAAGGUCCUGUGGCUGUAAUCAGUGGAGAAGAGGAUUCUGCUAGCCCUCUUCAUCACAUCAAUCAUGGCAUCACCACACCUUCAUCAUUGGACACUGGCCCAGACACGGUGGUGAUCGGUAUGACCCGGAUUCCUGUCAUCGAAAACCCACAAUACUUCCGACAAGGCCACAACUGCCAUAAACCAGACACAUAUGUCCAGCAUAUUAAGAGAAGAGACAUCAUCCUUAAAAGAGAACUGGGUGAAGGUGCUUUUGGGAAGGUGUUCCUGGCUGAAUGCUACAAUCUCAGUCCCACCAAGGACAAGAUGCUAGUAGCUGUGAAGGCUCUCAAGGACCCAACUUUGGCUGCUCGAAAGGACUUCCAGAGGGAGGCAGAGCUGCUCACCAAUCUGCAGCAUGACCAUAUUGUGAAAUUUUAUGGUGUCUGUGGUGAUGGAGAUCCACUCAUCAUGGUCUUCGAAUAUAUGAAGCAUGGAGACUUGAAUAAGUUUCUGAGGGCACAUGGGCCAGAUGCAAUGAUCCUCGUGGAUGGGCAGCCUCGGCAAGUCAAAGGGGAAAUGGGACUUUCUCAAAUGCUGCACAUUGCGAGCCAGAUCGCCUCGGGAAUGGUCUAUCUGGCCUCCCAGCACUUUGUACACAGAGACCUGGCCACGAGGAACUGCUUGGUUGGAGUUAAUCUGCUGGUGAAGAUUGGAGACUUUGGAAUGUCCAGAGACGUCUACAGUACUGAUUAUUACAGGGUUGGGGGACACACCAUGCUGCCCAUCCGCUGGAUGCCUCCUGAAAGCAUUAUGUACCGGAAGUUCACCACAGAGAGCGAUGUCUGGAGCUUUGGAGUAAUUCUCUGGGAGAUCUUCACAUAUGGAAAACAGCCUUGGUUCCAGUUGUCAAAUACAGAGGUCAUUGAGUGCAUCACCCAAGGCCGAGUCCUGGAGAGGCCCCGGGUUUGCCCCAAGGAAAUUUAUGAUAUCAUGCUGGGAUGCUGGCAGAGAGAACCUCAGCAGAGGCUGAACAUUAAGGAAAUCUACAAGCUCCUUCAUGCUCUGGGCAAAGCUACUCCAAUCUACUUAGACAUCCUUGGCUAGCAGUGACCAAGCUUCAAAGUUGUUGCUGUGUCUUUUUUCUCCCCACCCUACCUCUCCCUUGACCUCAAGCCACAUAUUCAUAUAAACUCAAGUGCCUGCUAUACAUACAACACUGAAACGAACAAAACCGAAAGAGACAAGUUAAAGGGAAAUAUGGAAACCCUCAAUCAUAUGUAAGGCAGUUGGGGCUAUAUACAGAGAGAAAGAGAGAGAGAGGGAGAGGGAGAGCUUUUGCUCCCGUAGCUGCUGCUAUUAAAAAUAUAACAUCCCAGAAGCAGAAGGAAAAUGUGAGAGAGAUUGAAAGAUUUCUACAGUAUUAAACAGAACACGAGGGGAAAAAAACAAUAUUUAACUUAAGAUGUGGAACUGCAAAUCCUACAGUGUCUUUUAGAUUCUGGCUAUUGGGUAGAGUUCGAUUCAUUUGGAAACAUAGAACAACAACAACAAAAGAAAAGUUGACGAAAGCAUGCCUAAUUGGGCACCAAACUGGCAGUGGUCCUGUUAU